AUGAAAAUACCAUCCAGUAUUUUAGGACAAAUUCAAUCAGUCUUCAGUCCAGUACAAAUGGCCUCUAUCUCUCAGCUUGAUCACUUUUCCCCAAUUUUCACUGAUCGCCAGCAAAUUUGGUCUGAAAUUGGGUUCGACUUUUCUACAUUUGAUUUCUUCCAUUUCCUGUCAUUUGACCUGCCCGUUUCCCUUCCUGCUAGCAACUCUCAAGACAACCAGGUCUCCUAUCCAACCUCCAGUGUCAAUCAAGCCGAAAGCGAGCCUACGGAAAGUCAAAAUGACAAUAAAGUAGGAAACGUGAUGCCAAAAACCAUAGCUUCAGGACGUAGUCAAUGCCUACGUCGGCAUCAACACAAGCAUCAUCGUCGCCAUAUCCAACAUAAACAGCAAUCAAGUCGCACCAGUUUAAAUGGUGCUUUUUUGGUCGACGGGACUCCUUCGGUCUCUACUGGCAAACACAGCUUUGAGCCUUCUCCUAGCAGGGAUCUUGCCUCUGAGCUAUACCUUACAGCAUACAAUCACAUAUCAGACGAUAAUGCCUCUCAAGAUGAUGGCAAUAGCGCCUCUAAUGAUCAGCAUCGGUCCUGA